AUGCAACCGCAGCAGGCCUACAACCAGAAUGGCCAACAGCACUAUCAACAACAGGACUACCAACAGCCUUACCAGAAUGGCCAGGGCUAUUCGCAGCCGCCUCCCAAUUACGGCCAAAACUUCAACCCUCGCCCCGAGAUGAACGGUUACGACAACAAGCCUACCUUCGAGCAGGCCUUCAAGAUCGAUAAGCCCAAGUACAACGACUGGUGGGCUGGUCUUCUUUUCCUCGCUGUCUUUGCCGGAUAUGUCGUCGUCUCUGGCAUCUCUCUUCAGGGCUAUGCUGCGACCAAGGGAUUCAACGGCGGCGGUAUCUAUGACAGCAACAACGAUUUCGGCCUCGAUACCAACACUAUCGUUCUCUUCGCUUUCUGUCUCGCCAUGGCCAUGGUGCUCAGUUAUGCCUACAUCUGGUUGGCCCGCGCAUUUACCAAGCAAUUCAUCUGGAUCACUGGUAUCAUCCAUAUCAUCGCUGGUUUUGCGACCGCCAUCUAUAUGCUGUCCAGAAGAUACUGGUCGGGCGGUAUUGUUUUCCUUCUCUUCUCGAUUUUCACAGUCGUAUGCUUUAUCUCCUGGAUUCCUAGAAUCCCCUUCAGCGUAGUCAUGCUGCAAACAAGCAUCGACGUUUCGAAGAAGUUCGGGCAUGUCUACAUCGUUUCGCUCGUUGGUGGCAUUCUUGCGACCGCGCUCGGUGCUUGGUUCUCGGUCACUUUCGUUGCUGUGUAUGUGAAAUACGAACCAGGUGCCAAUCCAGCCUGUUCUACUGGCGCUGGUGGCUGUUCAAGCGCCAAGGUCAUUGGUCUGCUCGUCUUCAUCACGUUUGCGAUGUAUUGGAUCUCCGAAUUUCUCAAGAACAUGAUUCAUGUCAUCAUCUCUGGAGUGUACGGCUCGUGGUACUUCUGUUCCAACAACCCUCCCAAGAACAUCACCCGAGGAGCCGCCCGCCGUUCUUUGACCUACAGUUUCGGAAGUAUCAGUCUUGGAAGCUUGGUCGUUGCAAUCAUCAACAUGCUCAGACAAGCAUGCAGCAUUGCACGACAGCAAGAAGCAAAUUCUGGAAACAUCGCGGCCGACAUUGCACUUUGUGUUCUGCAGUGUCUUAUCGGAAUCUUGGACUGGGCUGUCCAGUUUAUCAACAGAUACGCCUUCAGCUAUAUCGCGCUAUACGGCAAGGGCUAUGUCCCUGCCGCCAAGGCCACUUGGACUUUAAUCAAAGACCGCGGAAUCGAUGCUUUGGUGAACGAGUGCUUGAUUGGACCCGUAUUGACUCAGGGUGCCACAGCCAUCGCUUACCUGUGCGCUCUCUUGGCCUACCUGUACCUGAUCUUCACCUCGCCUGCGUACAACAGCAACGGCGAGUACACACCCGUUGUCGUUGCGUUCGCAUUCUUGAUUGGUCUCCAAAUCGCCAAUAUCUUCACAACCCCGCUCAGCAGCGGUAUCGACACUAUUUUCGUUGCUGCAGCAUUCGACCCGCAAGUAAUGAUUACAGAACACCCGGAUCUGUACGCCAAAAUGGUGUCGACAUAUCCCCAUGUUCAGCAGGCCAUUCACGCCUAA